UGUUGUUGGAUGCCGAAAAAGAUCGGUGCUUCUUUUAUGUGUCGGUUUAACAAUUCCUGAAAAGAUUUCUGAAUCAUGGCUUCUGAACGUUACAGUUUUUCGCUCACGACUUUCAGUCCUUCUGGAAAGCUUGUACAGAUUGAAUAUGCUCUGGCAGCGGUGGCAGCAGGUGCACCUAGUGUAGGAAUCAAGGCUGCAAAUGGUGUUGUGCUUGCGACAGAGAACAAACACAAAUCGAUUCUAUAUGAUGAGCACAGUGUGUCGAAAGUUGAAAUGAUCACAAGAUACAUUGGCAUGGUUUACAGUGGAAUGGGUCCUGACUACAGACUGCUAGUCAAGCAGGCACGUAAAAUGGCCCAGCAAUACUAUCUGGUUUACAAAGAGGAAAUUCCCACUGCCCAGCUUGUACAUCGUGUUGCUAUGUUGAUGCAAGAGUAUACUCAGUCUGGUGGCGUGAGACCGUUUGGAGUGUCUCUGUUGGUUUGUGGAUGGGACAAGGGAAAGCCCCACCUGUUCCAGUGUGAUCCAUCUGGUGCCUACUUUGCCUGGAAAGCCACUGCAAUGGGCAAGAAUUACGUGAAUGGCAAAACAUUCUUGGAAAAGCGAUACAGUGAAGAUCUUGAACUGGAUGAUGCCGUCCACACUGCUAUUUUGACCUUGAAGGAAGGCUUUGAGGGACAGAUGACAGAAAAUAAUAUUGAAGUCGGUAUUUGUGAUGCCAAUGGUUUUAGAAGGCUGGACCCCUCGAACGUCAAAGACUACCUUGCCAAUAUUCCCUAAUUUAAUAACUAUAUUUUUGAUAUUUAUAACGUUUUCACGGUUGUAUGCAUUCGAUGAAACACAUAAUUGAAAAUUUAAAAAAUAAAUACUGUUUCUUUUA